AUGGAUUUGCUCAACUCUCUGCUCAAUUUCGUCGUCCCACCGGCCAGCCUGGUCAUGCUGGCCUUCGCCUGGCCGACCCUUUGCUUCCUCCACGCCUGUGAAUGGUUCUUCCGCACGAUCUACAGAGAGGAUAUGGAUGGCAAGGUUGUGGUCAUCACCGGGGCUUCCUCCGGGAUCGGAGAGGUAAUUUGAUAGAAGAAGCGGAAGAAGUGCCAUGUGCUUUUUCUACCCGAUUAGCUUCGCCGUAUAUUAUGCGAGGAUAUGUUUAUGCAGCAAAUCGCGUACGAGUAUGCGAGGCGGCGGGUGAAUUUGGUGCUGGUGGCGAGGAGGGAGAACCGGCUCUGGGCGAUAAGGGAGAAUGCGCGGCUCUUGGGGGCCAAGCAGGUCCUCGUCAUGGCGGCCGACGUAGUGAAGGAAGAGGAUUGCAGAAGAUUCAUUGGCGACGCCGUGAACUUCUUCGGCCACUGUGAGCCUUCCUUUUCCUGUCCGAUCUCUUAAAAUUCGCUCCACAAAUCACGCUCGUUUCUUCUGGUGCAAUCUUUGCGUAUAAUCCGUACUGUGUCUGUGCGUAACCACGAUGAGAGAGAGAGAGAGAGAGAGAGAGAUUCUACUUUUUUGACCCUGUAGAUGACCAGGAUUCUAUCAUUUCACCUUUGAGGGUCUCAUUUUUCAUAGAAGUAGAUGACCACUUGACAUGGAUUGACGGUUGAAGACCGCGUGCAGUGGAUCAUCUGGUAAAUACGGCUAGCUUGGGGCAUACCUUCUUCUUCGAGGAAGCUACGGACACCACGGUUUUUCCUCAUCUGAUGGUAAGCAAUACGGUUUGGUUGGUUUCUUGCGGGCUGAGUCGAGAACUGCCAUGAAUUCUUCUUACUGUCAACUCAACGUCUGGUUAGGACAUCAACUUCUGGGGGAACGUCUACCCUACGUACGUCGCCCUUCCAUAUUUAAGGCGAAGUCGUGGGCGCCUUGUGGUCAACGCUUCAGUGGAAAGCUGGCUGCCACUGCCCAAGAUGAGCCUUUACGCCGUGAGCGCUUCACAAUAUCCUGUUUCUAUUUUGCCUCAGAAGAUGAGAUCGACGAUCAGUUCUCACCGUAGUAGGGCUUGUCCUCCCAGGCAGCGAAGGCGGCUCUGAUCAACUUCUAUGAGACCCUAAGAUUCGAGGUGAAGGACGAUAUCGGAAUAACGAUUGCGACCCACGGGUGGGUCGGGAGCGACAUGAUCGGGGGUCGGUUCUUGCUCGAGGAGGGCGCCGAGAUGCAGUGGAAGGAGGAGAGGGAGGUGGGUGUUCUUCUUCUUCUUCCCUCGGAUCCCGUUUUCUCACGUCGAUUGCGUGCUUCAGGUUUCCUUCACCGGAGGGCAAGUGGAAGAGUUCGCCAAGUCGAUGGUCGCCGGAGCCUGCAGGGGAGACGCCUACGUGAAGUUCCCGAGCUGGUAUGAUAUCUUCCAGCUUUACAGGGUCUUCGCUCCGGAUGUUCUCAGCUGGACUUUCCGGCUGCUCUUCACCAUGCCAAGCGCAAGGAAGACCUCCAUGGUGGGCGUGGGAAGACCGGCCGUUGAGUCUGCCCCCGCCAGGCGGCCGUUGCCGGCGCCGGCGAGCUUCUCUCCGGCGUCCCCUCCGCAGCAGUCGCCGCCGCAGAAGGUCGACUAA